AUGAGCGUCAGUCCGCCCGUAUGGGAGGAAGAGGAAGUGAGCGAGGUGCAGCUCGAUAUAGCGUUCCUGAGCUGCCUGAUACGUACCCGACCCGUCGGGGCGCACAAACACAUCCUCAUCCUCAAACUCCAGGAUGAGAUAUAUCAGCGUACCCGAGUCCGAAUGGAGAUUCCGGACAUGUGGGACAGGCUGGCGGGGAUGUAUGAUCUUGAAGCGCUUGACAGAAGGAACCCCCACGUGACCCCUCUCUCAGCGGGACUGAUCGCCAAGUAUGCCCCUCAUCUGGCACUCGACCUCGAGCUCCCACCUCCCAGAUCGCCAGUCCUUGCCGCCAUCCUCUCGACCGCCUCCAUCUCGGCGUCCGUCUCCGACCUGGGCUCCGGGGAAGGCUCAGCGGAAGCAUCAGUAUCCGGUUCAUCAACAUCCACGCUCGUUUCCCUUACCGACCCCUAUGACAAAGCGGCGGACGCCACACUUGGCGGACUCGAGUCGCCAACUUCUUUGAACAGUAUAGCGACUGUGGCCAUACCGUACGCGGAAGAUCCGGCGUAUCAGAUUGGAACCGAGCUGGAGCGGGUCGGCGGACAGUCCCUGGUCGAGAUGGAGAGGGGUAAGAAGAGAGAACGCACGAUGAGUGUAGGAGCCUCGACGGAGGCGGCAGGAUGGGUGAAGCGAUCGAGGACGGGUCUGGUGAUGGAUCAUAAGAUGUCCGGAGAUGGGGAUGAGGCGGAAGGUGAUGGAGAUACAACAGAAGACGACGAGUACGAGGUGGGGGACAUAUCUGGUGUGUACGGCGAGAAGCCUACAGUAGCUGGAGCGGACGGAGCAUGGGACUUCCGCCAAGCCUCCAGACAACCCAUCAGAGGAGAAUACGCCUCCAACAGUGAGACGUGCGUCGCUCUUGAGAGCAUGUGGAGAGGAUAA